CAGACGCUUCGCAAGUCCUGUGCGCUAGCUGCGAAGAGGCAACAAGACGGAAGCGCAAUGGCGACAUUGGAUCGAAAAGUACCCAGUCCGAAUACGUUCCUGUACAAACCGUGGUCUGCUUUCAUCGAAGCCGUUAAAUUACAGAACUCUGACAUUGCACAUGUUGAAGAUACGGGGAAGGAUAUCGGGAACGGCAGGGACGCGAGGAAACUCAACAGAGAGGAUAUGCACCUGUAUGGACAGUACCCUGCGUAUGAUGAGCUGUGUCUUGUUGUGUGCAAUAUCUGCAGCCAGGUGGUAAAACCUCAGGGCUUCCUGUCUCACUACGAGAGGAGACACGCCCCCUCCUGUGACUCCAGGCCCCCCCUGACUCAGAGGCCCAAGGUGUCACACAGCAGCCCCCCCCAGCCCCGGCCCCGGCCCUUCCGACCCCCCCGGGACAACCAGCACACCCCCUUCAGCAGGGCGCCCCACACUGUGUACCCCCCGAAAGGGGCUCGCACCAAGCCAUGUGUCUCUGUGCCGGUGGUGAGCCUGGAGAAGAUGUCGUGUUUGGGCAGGGUAGAGGGGCCUCAUGUCCGGAUCAGCUACCCCUCGUCCUCUUCGUCCUCCUCUUCCUCGCCCGCCGCGUCGGCCCGGCCCCCUCACAAGCCCCAGGAGCGGGUCCUGAACGGCAGGGGUCCCUCAGCGCCCAGCCCCUCCCCCUCUACACUGGACAAGAGACCCUCCCCCUCCCCAUCCCCCACCGCUCUGGACAGAAGGCCCACGCCCUCCCCUUCCUCCUCAUUGGACAGGCCGUCCACGGCCCCGCCCCCUCUGCUGGACAGGAAGCACCAAAACGGCACUAAGGGCACCAAGCCAUACAAGAGGGUGUCAGGAAGAGUGUUUGAUCCCAACAAGCACUGCGGCGUCCUGGACCCAGAGAGCAAGAAACCCUGCACACGCUCGCUCACAUGCAAGACCCACUCUCUGACCCAUCGGAGGGCGGUCCCGGGACGGGGGAAGCAGUUUGACUCCCUGCUGGCGGAGCACAAGGGGCGGCACCUCAGGGAGCAGCAGGGAAGCCAUGCCCACCCCAGCCGGCCCGCCCAAUCACACGAGCCCACCAGCAGCACCUCGACAGACUGCCAGGACGGCAGGACCACAUCUUUACUGAAAAGCAGACUGGCCACUGCGCACAUACCCAGGCCCCCGGGGGGGUGGAGCAGUGUGGGACCCCCCCCUGACAGCGCCCCACCGUGCCCCGCUGCAGGGGGGGGAGACCGGCUGUCCGGUGAGGAGGGCGAGGGGGAGACCCCUGAGGACUUGGACUGUCCCUACUCCUCUCAUCACCCUCGGCCCAUGGCGUGCUGUUCGUUCGGCAGCCGGCUGAUGGGCCGGGGCUGCUUUGUGUUCGAGCGGCGGUGGGACCGGGUUCGGGUGGCGCUGCGCUGCAUGGUGGAGAAGCACGUCAACGCUCAGAUGUGGAGGAAGAUCCCCCUGGCCGCUGAAAGCCGUACGCCUUACCCCGGGUCCCAGCCUGCCCCGCACCCCCUGGCCCCGCCCGGCUCCACCUCCCUGCCCCCCCCUCUCCUGCCCUCCCCCGCCCUCGCCAGCCCGACCAACAGCGUCUCCAUGGUCACCUACUCCACGGCCUUCCCCCAUGUGGGCGGGGGUGGGGGCGUGUUCAGCAUUGUUGACUCCGCCUCCCUCCUGCCCCCUGUCCCGGCGCUGGCCCCUCUGUUCCCCUCCCAGAGCCGGGCCCCCCGCUCCAGGCCCAACAAGCCCCCAAAAGCCUGCGAGCCGCUCUCGCGAGGAGGGGGAGGGGCUGCGGGCGGGACCACGGGAGGGGGCGGAGCUUUGGGUGGGACCACGGGAGGGGGCGGGGCUGUGGGCGGGGUCACGGGCAGCAAGAAGAGGAAGUCGCCGCUCUCCUCCUCCUCCUCCUACACGGGACCCCCCAGGGGGAACUUCCACAGCGCCACACCCCCGCCCAACUCCCACCAGUCCAGCCCCACGCUCAGCAGCAACGGGACCUCCCCUCUCUGUGCCAAAACCCCGCCCCCUGGCCCCGGCCUGCCCCGGCCGCUCCCCUUCUCCGGGGACCACGCCCUCUUCGCUCGGGCCGACGGGAGGAAGCGCAAGAGCUCCAGCCCCGUCGGGCGACCCGGCAAGACGCCUAAACCCGCCGCCCUCAGCAGCCUGUACAGGCCCCCCGGCCCCGAGCCCCACCCCGCCCUCCCCCGACAGCCAAAGGUACAUCACUGAGGGAGGGACGUGCGGCGACCUGGAUGCAGAGCUGUUUCUGGUUCAGCCAAAGGUACCUCACUGAGGGAGGGGCGUGCGGGCCCUAACCCUAACCCUAACCCUGGAUGCAGAGCUGUUUCUGUGCCCGGGGGGACAGGCGGUCAUGGCGACCGUGCGGACGUAAGGUUGAUGUCACGGCGUUAUGACAUCACCGCGCGGAGCAGCGGUGCAGCCUCCACCCGAGACCCUGCUCUACUCACACACGCACUUUGGGGUUUUGGGGUGACUGGGGGGACCCCACUUUGGGAAGCACAGUGUUAUUGGGAUCCCUCAGACUGGAGAUAAUCACCAUUGAUGCUUCACAGACCUGGAAAGGAAACAGGAAACAGGAAAACAGGCUCAUUUUAGCUUUAGUUUGGUUAAAAACGCCAUUUAAUUUGCAUGGAUUUGGGACAUAUUUUACUGACAUUAACGGAUGCGCCUGUGCCCCAUUGCGUUUGGAAAGGGGUAGGCUGGGGCUCAUCUCUGACACGGGAGCUUGGCAGUUACUCUGCAUUUCCAGCAAUCUGAAGGACCUGCAGACUCCUCCCCCUCAGCCUGUGGAUCAGACACAGCCCUGCCCCCUGCAGGUCAGUGUGAAAAGUGCACUUACUCCCAGCUCACCCCUCCAGCAGACUGGGAUGGGCUCCAGAGUGCAGCCAGGAACUUUUAAACUUCGGUUUGGGGAAAUAUAUUUUACCGGCGCUGUUCUCCGGCAAAUGUGUGUUUUAAUAUAAGAAGUGGAAGAAGUCAGGUAUUUCAUGGGUGUGGGUUUUGAGCACCUUCAGGCGUACAAAGCUUGCAUCCCAAAUGUACAAUUUCAUAGUGUACUUUUAGUUUGAUUAUUUGUCAUUUCUUUUAAUAUUGUUCUAUCUGACCCAAUAAUGCUACAGUCCUUUAGCAGAAUUAUAUUUGUAUUUCCCUUUUAAAGUUCAAAGUAUUAUUAUAGUAUUUCAAUUGUUGAAAAAAGGUGUACAAAUUUGUACUAUUUUUAUAUUUAUUUUUAUUUUCUCAGAACUGAAAGAUUUUACGACUUUUUUAAAACCCUCCUUGGUCACAUGAAAUUUAUGAAAUUAAUGAGAUUUAUGGAAACUGUAUGUCAAACUCCAUAAGGAGCGUGGCAUUAAUUUGCUCACAGCUUUUUAUUUAUUUAUUUUCUCUUACGUCCACGUCUAAAGUUGUGAGAAUCAUUUUUCUGAAACUUGGUUCAUCUGAAGAACGCUGUCUUCUUUGCCUCCCAUCUCCUGUCUGUUCAAAACGAGACCCCGUCCUGCUGUAGGCAAGACCCCGUCCCGCUGUAGGCAAGACCCCGUCCCGCUGUAGGAAGCCAUUUUAGGUGGAAUUGAUAUACCAUGCUCUCAACUCAAACAAUUUGAACCAAUCGUAAGGAGGGUCAGAAUCAGCAGCACUUAAAAAAAGGUACCAGGGGCUUGCCUUUUUAAAAAAAAAAAAAAAAGAGUGGUAUUUCUCCCCUAUACUUACUGAAGAGCAUCGUUUAUCGUUUAAUGUGUCGUCUUAAGGCAAGCUUGGGACUGAUAACUAAUUAAAGUUUUCCGAAGGGGCUCGGCUCUCAGACUUGAACCCCGGGGAUUGUGGGUAUGGUAACUGUGGUAACGGCCCGAGUGCGUAUCUGUCCAUUAUGAGCUAAAGAGCCAAACUGAUCCCAGAACAGUGCUGGUGCACUGAGGCGCUGUGUGAGUGAGGCCUGUGCAGGCAGACCCCUCAUAGGGCCUCUGUGCUUCAUCUCUACUUUCAUUACUGUGUGUUAAAAUAUGUUUAAAGUAAAAAGUUUUUUUUUAAUUUUUUUUUUAACCAUCAUCUAAAGCCAGUAGCUCUCUGUGUCACCUGACACGUCCCAGAUUGUCCCAGAUCUCUGGGCAGGAACUCAUUUUCACGUCUUUGUUCAGGUAAAUGUCACAUGACUGCGCAUUCAGGGUUCACUGAGCGUAACUCAGAGUGUUCAGGACCCUGGGGCAGAAGCGUUCAGGGUCGUGUUCAGGGUCGUGGAGCAGAGUGUCCAGGGGUGUUAAAUCGGCUUGUUGCUGGGUGCUGGCGUCAAAACCGCACACUGACAGAACCAUGGGAUUAUGGGAUGCCUUACUUUUGUAUCCACUGUAAAUACAGCUGACCAAACACAGGAAGCGCUUUCUGAAGGGGUGUCAUGCGUUGCUCAUACCCAAUGAAGUGCAGGAAAAAAGGAAAAUCUUUUUUUUUUGUUUGUUUGUUUGUUUGUUUCUUUUUAUAGACUUUCUAAAUUAUUAGCGCUCGUCCUGUUGACCCGAGCCAUUUUCAGCCAGGAAGAGGAAAACGUGUUUUCAGAUCUGACUAAAUUCGCGGGGUUGUAGCUGUUGCACGACUGCGAGUUAGUCCCCCCCCCCGUCUGUCCCCCCGACCUGAGGGGGUUUAUGAGCCUGAGCAAAUCAAAGCCGGCUUGUGUGUGUCCUCGUUCUCUCAGUCUCCCUUUUCCCUGUAAAGACGCUCGGGGGAAGCGGAGAAAGCCGGACUGUCCCCACUGACCCCAGAUCAGCGCUGGGCCCAGUAGCACCUUGUUCACCGUGGCCUGGGCUGAUCCUGGAUCAGUGGGAGCCGCAGUGAGGGGACACAGUGGGGGCGGGUGGGGUUAGAGGGGAUAUCAGGGACAGCGGGAGGAAGAAGCAGGCAGAUGAGGUUGGGGGAGCUGUGUGUCCUACACUGACACCUCUGCACAGGUGGGGGGGAGGCUGUUUGUUUUGUAUCUGCAGCUUUGUAAAUAAAAUAAUUUAUAUGUUUGUAAGAAA